AUGAUCACUGCCACCGAAGUUAUCAAGGCUUGGGAGGCCUGUGAUAAGACAGACUCAGCAUUCAUUCUUGUCUGUAGUGUCUUCUGCUGGCCAAUCAUUCCCGCUGUCGGCCUUGGAUAUUCUGGAUACUCUACAAGACGCAGCGGACUGGCGUCGUUCAUGCCAGCUUUGCUAGCUGUCUCUGUCUGCACUAUACAAUGGUGGCUCUUCGGCUACUCACUGGCCUAUGGAGAAGGCAGUGGCUUCAUUGGCGACUUCAAACACUUCAUGCACCUCAAUGUGCUGGCCGAGCCUGUGGGGACGAUUCCCGCUAUUCUGUUUAGCGAGUUUCAGCUCAUCUUCUGCGCUACUGUCUGUGCCAUCGCUAUCGGCGGCGUAUGCGAGCGAGGCAGGCUCCUACCUCUGAUUCCUUUCAUCUUCCUUUGGGCUACAUUCGUCUACUGCCCACUGGCACAUAUGGUCUGGGGCGGCGGCUUCCUCGGAGAACUCGGUGUACUCGACUACGCAGGCGGCAGUCCCGUGCACAUCUGUUCAGGAGCUACCGCAACAGCUCUCAGCAUCUACCUCUCGUAUCCCCUCUUCCGCUCGCGCAAAUCAGCAGAAAGGACACCAGCGCACCUGGUCUUGCACAAACCACACAACACACUGAGUCAGCUGUUAGCCCUGGUCACCAUCUGGGGCUCUUGGCUGGCUUUUGAUGCAGGCACUACGCUUGCUUUCAACUUCAAGUCUGUGAUGGCCCUGUGUGUAACCAACCUGUGUGCCGCUUCUGGGGCAACGACCUGGGCUCUGAUGACUUACUACGAGACUGGAAAGUGGUCGCUAGAUUCGACAUUCCUAGGCGCCAUCAGUGGAUUGGUCAUGAUAACGCCGUCAGCUGGAUUCAUCGAUAUGGCCACGGCAUUCUUCUUUGGCAUUGUCGGUGCUGUUGUGUCGAGACAGGCUUUGCGUAUCAAGUUCACGGAUAUGGCAAGACGGUGGAAGUGGGUCGAUAAUGGCGAUACCUUCGCUACGCACUGCAUUGGUGGGUUUGUGGGCACCAUCGCGACUGGACUGUUUGCUCAGAAGGAAGUCGCUGCUCUUGAUGGAAUGACCGAGAUAGUCGGCGGUGUCUUCUUUGACGGCAAUGCAAGACAGCUGGGUGUCCAGAUCGUGGAAGCACUGAUUGGUUUCACAUGGGCAUUCAGUGUCUCCUACAUCCUCAUCGCUCUGAUUGACUGUGUUCCAGGUUGGGAGGUACUGGCAACUGACAAGGAUGUUAUGAUUGGUAUGGAUGCUUCCCAGAUGGGCGAGUCUCUGUACGAAGAUCAAUGGAAGGGAGAAGAGGAUUACCAGCCAUUCGCGGCGACUAUUCAGCUGGAGUGA